AUGGCAAUGUUGCACACCAGAGAUGUAUCCCAUGUUACGCCUGUUGAUCGAGGCAACGGCUUGAACUCCGUUUCGAGCACAAUUCAGGACUGGGGUGAGGAGGUAGAAGAGGGAGCUGUUUACCAUGUCACCCUGAAAAGAGUGCAGAUUCAGCAGGCUGCCAACAAAGGAGCAAGAUGGCUAGGGGCUGAAGGGGACCAGUUACCUCCAGAACAUACUGUCAGCCAGUACGAAACAUGCAAGAUCAGGACAAUAAAAGCUGGAACUUUGGAGAAACUUGUGGAGAACCUUCUGACAGCUUUUGGGGAUAAUGAUUUUACCUACAUCAGUAUCUUUCUGUCAACAUACAGGGCGUUUGCUUCUACUAAGGAAGUACUGGAACUUCUCCUCCACAGGUAUGGAAACCUGGAGACCUCAAGCUGUGAAGAAGUUGGAAGUGAGAAUUCCUCUGAAUCCAAAACAGUACUCAGGACUGCAAUAGCAUCAAUCUUACGAGCCUGGCUUGAUCAGUGCUCUGAGGAUUUCAGAGAGCCACCCAACUACCCGUGUUUGCUGAAGUUGCUGGAUUACCUGAAGAGGAAUAUACCUGGCUCUGACCCGGAGAGGAGGGCACAGAACCUCUUGGAGCAGUUCCAGAGCCAAGAAGUGGAAAACGAUGAUGGGUUCCAUAACACUUUCUCCUGUAACCUAUUUGAUGAAGUGGAACUGGACAUCAGCAAUUCAGAAGAAUUCUCUUUUUUCCAAGAAGACCUUGUGGCAGAACAGUUGACAUACAUGGAUGCGAAACUCUUCAAGAAAGUUGUGCCCUACCACUGUUUGGGAUGCAUCUGGUCUCGAAGGGAUAAGAAAGAAAACAAGCACCUGGCACCUACCAUCAGAGCCACCAUCUCUCAGUUCAAUGUAGUUACCAAAUGUGUUGUCAGCACUAUCCUGAAGAGCAAGGAACUCAAAACACAGCAAAGAGCCAAGAUCAUUGAGAAGUGGAUUCAUAUUGCACAUGAAUGUAGGAUCCUGAAGAAUUUUUCCUCCUUGAGGGCCAUCGUUUCAGCACUGCAGUCCAACUCCAUCUAUAGGCUAAAGAAGACCUGGGCGUGUGUUCCAAAGGACAUAAUGCUGAUGUUCGAAGAGCUGUCUGAUAUCUUCUCAGACCAUGACAAUUAUUUGACAAGCAGGGAGCUGCUAAUGAAGGAAGGAACAUCCAAAUUUGCAAAUCUGGACAGCAGUGUGAAAGAAAAUCAGAAAAGGACACAGAGGCGACUGCAACUUCAAAAAGAUAUGGGAGUAAUGCAAGGCACGGUACCCUAUCUUGGUACCUUCCUCACUGAUCUCAUCAUGCUUGACACAGCCCUUCAGGACUAUAUUGAGGGUGGCCUGAUAAAUUUUGAGAAGAGGCGAAGGGAAUUUGAAGUAAUUGCCCAAAUCAAGCUCUUGCAAUCUGCAUGUAACAGCUAUUGCAUGACACCAGACCAAAAAUUCAUCCAGUGGUUCAGGAGACAGCAGCAUUUAACUGACGAGGAGAGUUACAGCCUUUCACGUGAGGUUGAAGCAGCUGCUGACACUAGCACCACAUCGCCAAAAUCUCGGAAAAGCAUGGUGAAGAGGUUCAGCCUCCUGUUUCUAGGCUCUGAGGUGAUCGCCCAUAGCACACCCAUCAAAGAGCAACCCAAAUCUACUCCAGGUGGGAGCUCUGGUGAAAGCACGGACUCAGCCAGCGUUUCAUCAUGCGAGUUUAAUCACUCUGAAUCUGAAGAUGCCUGCAACACUCCCACAGGCACUCCUGAUGAGCCUCAGAAAAAGCUCGCUGAAUCCUCCUCCUCCUCUUCCUCCUCCUCUUCCCCCACCCAUUCCACGGACACAUCUUCCUCGGGGGUGUCAUCUUUAAUCUCAUCCACUCCCUUGCCGUCCUCCAAUGACAAGUGCUCUGUCUCCAUGACACCCAUUACCUCAAAAGUACUGCCUCCUGUUUACAACCAGCAGAACAAAGAUAUGUGCAUCAUCCGGAUCAGCAUAGAAGACAGCAAUGGCAACAUGUACAAGAGCAUCCUGCUAACUAGCCAAGACAAAACUCCUGCUGUCAUCCAGAGAGCUAUGUUGAAGCACAACCUGGAAUCUGACCCAGCUGAGGAUUAUGAGCUUGUACAGGUCAUCUCUGAGGACAAAGAGCUGGUGAUCCCAGGUAACGCCAACGUGUUCUACGCCAUGAACAGCCAUGUGAACUUCGAUUUCAUCCUGCGGAAAAAAGCUUCGGUCAAUGGACAGGUGAAAAUGAGGGGCCGUUGCAGUCUGACACUCCCUAGAACUGCCAAACGGGGGUGCCGGAGCAACAGGCCCAGCAAAAUUACAGUGUGAGGGAGACAACAGGCCAGGGAGAACUGGCUGAGAACUGUACCUUUGCUACCAUCCAGUAUUACAGAAUGCCAGUAGAUGAAUGUGUCAGUAUUCAACCUGGAAAAGAUUUGAAGCUGAAAUGCAAAGUGAACAUUUGAUUCACCUACAGCCAGCGAUGCUUCUCCUUGCCCUUGCACCUGUAUAUGGACAGACAGACACGGAUUUACGGGACAGUACAGACUGGAAUUUUUUUUUGUUUUGCACAUUAGCCUAGGAAGGCGAGAGCCCCAGUUAGAGGGGAAAAUGGGACUGCAACAUUUGUCUUAAGAACACCACACAAGCCAACUCUUUUUGUGAGAAAACAUUUUCCUUUGUGCCAGUGUUAUACAGAAGAAGGUCUAAAUUUAUUUUUAUAAAACUGGAGAAGAAAAGUCUCAAUACAAUUCUGCGUGAACCAAGAAGGAGAUCUCAGCCAGCCUCCAGCUGACUGACAGGAACACUGGUUUGCAGAAGGUGUGGGUGAGCCGAGUGCCACUAGCAAUCGCUGCCUCCACGAGGCAUUUGCAUUCACGAAAAAGCAGGGUGGGUACGUCCCCAAAACACUCAUCGCUGGAGACAGCAGAAACUGCAAGUGUGUGUAUUGCUUUCACACAGCUGGCAAACUUCUUUUUUGCA